ACUGUUUGCCCAGCACCGCCGGCUCUGACAAGACAAUAAUAACAGGGGAAGCUUUUUAAAACCAAUUUAGCAAAUGCAGAAAUGUAAUUUUAAUGAAGAAUCGAUAGCAGAAUGGUUCAUUUUUCCUGGGACUCCUUGUUGGAGCUGAGAGAGACUUUCAAUCAAUGGGGAGAUGGAAGAGGGAGGGGGAGAAAGAAAGAAAGAAAAAUAUUCGCUCGGUGAUGUCUUUAGCACGGGGAAUUUUUCUUAUUUUCCGUGUAGCUUUGUUUUAUUCGUUAUUUAUUCUCGGCCGAGGAGCCGGCACCGAAACGCGGCGGUGAAAGCGCAGCAGACGGGCGGGCGGCUCCGGCAGCACAAAGCGCCCCGGGCAGCCCAGGGUCGCUCCCACCGCACCCCGAGCGGGGGGCUGCAGGGCCCCGGGGGCUGCACGGCCCUGCCCACCCUGCCAGUCCCCCAGCCCGACUCCGAGGAAGUUGCUCCCCGUCCCCUCGGCUCCCGUCCCCGCUGCCCCUCUCCACGCACAUGUGUAUAGUAAUAAGACAACAAAUGAAUGCGCCGUCGCAACAAAGCCCCCCGCAGGCAGCCGGCCGUGGGAGGGGGCAGGGACGGGGGAGCAGAGCCCCGCGUUGCCCCGCACGGCCCCGUGCCCCCGCCGCCGCACCGGGGCAGAUCUCGAAAGUCAGCGGGGGAAAGCAAGACACCCGAGCGGGGAGGAGAGAAGCGAAGAAAAGGCCGCGGCGGAUCCGCUCUUUGCAGCCGUCCGGGGGAGCCGGGCCAUUAGGCAGAGAGAGGAGCAUGGCUCAGAGCUCGGGGAGAGCAGCAGGGCACGGGGGUGUGAACCAGCUCGGGGGGGUGUUUGUGAACGGCAGGCCCUUACCUGACGUGGUGAGACAAAGGAUAGUGGAGCUGGCUCACCAGGGGGUGCGACCCUGUGACAUUUCCAGGCAGCUGCGGGUCAGCCACGGCUGUGUCAGCAAGAUCCUGGGCAGGUAUUACGAGACGGGGAGCAUCAAGCCCGGCGUGAUCGGCGGCUCCAAGCCCAAAGUAGCGACCCCCAAAGUAGUGGAUAAAAUCGCCGAGUACAAGAGACAAAACCCCACCAUGUUCGCUUGGGAGAUUCGGGACAGGCUACUGGCCGAGGGCAUCUGCGACAACGACACGGUUCCCAGCGUCUCCUCCAUAAACAGGAUUAUCAGAACCAAAGUUCAGCAACCUUUCCACCCAACACCAGACGGGAGCGGGACAGGUGUGGCUGCGCCAGGACAUACUAUCGUGCCCAGCACAGCAUCCCCUCCCGUCUCCAGUGCCUCCAAUGAUCCAGUGGGCUCUUACUCCAUUAACGGGAUCCUGGGGAUUCCUCGGUCGAAUGGCGAGAAGAGGAAACGUGAUGAAGAUGUAUCCGAGGGCUCCGUUCCCAACGGAGACUCCCAGAGCAGCGUGGACAGUUUGCGGAAGCACCUUCGUGGCGACACUUUCACCCAGCAGCAGCUGGAAGCUUUAGAUCGAGUUUUUGAGCGUCCUUCUUACCCUGACGUCUUUCAAACAUCAGAGCACAUCAAAUCUGAGCAGGGUAAUGAGUACUCCCUCCCAGCUCUGACCCCUGGUCUCGAUGAAGUCAAAUCAAGUCUAUCCACCUCUGCUAACCCAGACCUGGGGACAAAUGUGUCAGGACCCCAGACGUACCCUGUGGUGACCGAAAACCUCUCCUCUCCCCUCAGUAUAAAGCAAGAGCCUCAUGGAGCCUCUCUCACCCCUUUCACCCCCACCACGCCGGUCGGCUCUGGGCAGGCUGAGCUUCAGCCCUUCCACAUGACCCUUUCAGACGAUGCGUCCACGCCUUGCUACAGUGCCUUCCUUCAUCAUGGUGCCCACUUUGGGCAGUCCAGCAGCCAGCCUCUGAUAGCAGGUCGUGAUAUGGCAAGCACCACCUUGCCUGGCUACCCACCCCAUGUUCCCCCAACUGGACAAGGCAGCUACCCAACCUCAACUCUGGCAGGAAUGGUUCCUGGGAGCGAGUUCUCAGGGAACCCCUACAGCCACCCUCAGUACACAACCUACAAUGAGGCCUGGCGGUUCAGCAACCCUGCAUUACUAAGUUCCCCUUAUUAUUAUAGUGCCACAUCCCGGGGCUCCGCACCUCCCACUGCUGCCGCUGCCUAUGACCGCCACUAGCUACCAUGGAAACCACAUGAAACUGCAGGGUGACAGCUUAGGCCUCCAUAUUGUACCUGUCUGACCCAUCCCUCCGCCCCUGGGAAGGUGAAGAGAGCCUCGCCGUGCCCCCCCGCAGCACACCUCCCUCUCCACCGCUCCGAGCGCUCGCCAUACCAGACUGAGAACCCCGUUCUCCCCGCAUCCCCCCGCACCCUGAGGCACCUCAGGAGCCCUCAGCAGCACCUCGGCACAGCUCGACCUCCUGCGCUCCCAAGACUUGAGGGGAACUGGCAGCCAUUGCCUUGCGGGACCCCAUUCUCCUGGGAGCGGUACGGGCAGGGGGAAGCAGGGAGACAGCUGCUCACUAAACACUGAUCCCCAAAGAUACGCUUCUCUGUGGUGAACUCUUCAGAAUGCGUAACCGGUGACCGUCGCCCUGUUUCCCAGGACAGAAGGAACAGCCUGGCUAGAGCAGAGACGGUGGCACUAAGCCCUGCCUACCUGGCACACACGAGAAGGACCAAGUGACUUUCUGUUACUCCCCACGCACCUCAUCCCACCCCCCGGCAUGGCUCCUGGCGCUGGCUGCGCCCUGCGCGGUGCCCUCGAGGCCAGAGCUGGGCAGAACCUCACUCACACCCACAACUUCUGUGACACACAAUCAGCUCAGACAGGAGGAUGGAGCAACAAUUACAAACCGACCGACGAAAUGAAGAAAUAUAUAAAUAGAUAUAUAAAUAUAACUGUGUUUUUAUGCUUUGUCAUGAAGGUCUGUAAAAAGGAAAAAAAAAAAAAAAGAAAAAAAAAAAAAAGAACAAA